CUGAAUGUGGACAAGUCGCAGAAACUGGACCGUGGACGUGAACAAGUGCGUCUCUUUUUUUAGGGGCUCUCAAGUGGACCAUUGACCCCGCUCUGUGGAAUUUAAAAAGCACUGUUUGCCAGUAGUGGGACUUUAGUGAAAGACUGGAACAAACAUAAUCAGAAGUCGUACGUAUAGUGGCCAUGCAGUCCCUGGCACAGGAGAUCCAGAGUUUCUCGCGCACGAGUCUGAAGCGUCAGUGCACUCGCGUGACAUCGCUGAGCGGUCGCCGCAUCAUCGAGACCUGGAAAGGUUCCGUUGUUACGGUGGUGGAGGACCCCACACCCCCAGAGACGGCGCUGGGGUACGUCCCCGACACCUCCUGGGACCUCCAGGUGGGCGUCAUCAAACCCGACCUGCUGCUGGGUUGUCAGGAUGCUGCACAUGACUUCAGCACACUGAGGAAAUACAAGGUGUCUCACAUCCUGAAUGUGGCGUUUGGGGUGGAUAACGUGUUUCCUGAUCUUUUCAUCUACAAGACGCUAAGCAUACUGGACCAUCCGGACACACCCCUUCUUCCGUAUCUCACAGAAUGCUGUCACUUCAUCCAGCAGGCGCGACACGAGAAAGGCGUGGUGUUGGUCCACAGUAACGCGGGCGUGUCCCGAGGUCCGGCGGUGGUGAUAGGCUACCUGAUGUCCCGCCAGCACCAGUCCUUCGACUCGGCCCUGGCGUGCGUGCGUGCUGCCCGGCCCGCCGCUUUCCCCAAUCCGGGCUUCGUGCAGCAGCUCAAGAACUUGGAUGCUGCGCAAACAACAAACCCCGACAGGAGCCAACAGUGAACAAAAAUGCAAAAGACUGAGGGAAGCUUUCUUCUUCUUCUUGUCGCAGCACACCAUAACUUCUUUAGCAUUUUGCUUCAAUGGACAUUUAAGAAACGGCACAAGUCGCAAUGACAUGAUCAAAGGUUUUUGCCAUCAGAGGAUGCUGUUUCAUAGGGUGGACAAAGAAUGGCUUCGAGUCUCAUACGACUAAUAAUAAUCGAAAAUAAUAUUUAGUAUUUUGUGAGUAUUUAGAAAUGAUUUUGUUAAUUUUUUAAGUUAAAUCUAAUUCAUUGGUUUAUUGUAAAAAAAAAAAAAAAAAAGAAGAAUAAUAAUGGAAAAUAUUAGUUAAAUCAAUAAUUUUACAACU